CCUCUUUCUUCCACAACAUAGCGCCUUCCAGGGACUCCUGGAGUCCCUCAUUAUUUAUACUAUCAUCAUCACCUCGUCUCUGUUGGAACUAGCUGCAUCGGUUUCCCCGUGAUCCAUUGCCGUUUUUUGCCCCACCGCCCGAGUCAGAUUUACCAUGCCCCGUCGGCCUGCCGUCCGUCCAAAGGAAAUCACGGAAGCCCAAUCUGGCAGCGCUUCGGGAGCUGUCGCGGAUCUGGACCCUGUCUCCCAGCGACUCGCCCAGCUGCGCAAGAACUGGAAAUGGGCAGCGUUUUGCCAGUUCUUCUACACCUUCUCGCACCUCUUCCAAAUGCCCGACGUCUCAGUGACUGACAUUGAGAAUGACCUUGCGCGUGAAACCACCAUUUUCCUACCCCGCGUCAUGGCUCGGCUGUUGUUUGUUCUUACGUAUGAUCGCAAGGUUUCGCUGGACAACUGGCAGGCACACUUGCGAAAACAACACAGGCGUCGCGAUCCCGAUUCCAAUCCUAUUGGCCCGGACCCGGAAUCGGAGCAGCCAGAGCCCGAUUCACGCUACGAGUCAGUCUCGAUAGAAGACUCUGCUCCAGAUAAUGGCAUCGUCUCACCCGAAGAGGCAAACGGAACCGCCGAUGAAGGACAGAAUAGCACUGGAGCCUCUGAGCCCACACAUAAGCCAAAUAUCUUGGAAGAUGAUGUGAAGGAAGAGUCUAAGGACUGGUUGGAUCUGCCCAUGGAUACCAAGUUGCAUUCACUCCACCUCAUGACGGAAUGGCAAUUUCAAAAUCCAACACGGCUGCGGUCUCUAAUGAAGAACGACGAUGAAGAGGCAGCCUGGCGUAUAGAACCCAUCGGCUACGAUUCCAAAUCAAACGCUUAUUGGCUAAUUGGGGCGGAACGGCUUUGGAUUCAAAGAGCUCCCCCGAAGCCUCCUCGCUCUGCUCCCAAUGGUUCUUUGAAGCGCAAACGAGCUGAACCAGCGUCCAGAGCUCCUGCGACAAGACAGCCUUUGAAACGUGCCAAGAUUGCCGCUGAACAGCAACAGACCGCGGGCAAUUCGAAAGGUCGUGCAGCAAAAGCCCAAGCCAAGUUGAAACUAGAUGCGCAGGCCAAAGAACUGGCUGCUCUCAAUCGGUUUGCUGCUAGCAGAAAACGCGGCGCUGCGAGCUCGCCUCCAAAAUCUGCUCGACCCAUGGGUACUCGGCUCAGUUCCAGAUUGCGAGGGAACGUGGACGACGAGGAAGAAUGGCAAGCCGUUCCCGAUGAGUGGCUGGAAUCAGCAGUAAAUAAGCGGAAAGGAUCCAAGGGCAAGCAACGAGCUGCAGCCAUCAUCGAAGACGACACGGAGAGCGACUUGACCGAGCUGAGUGAAGACAGUGGUGUCGAUGACGAGGGUCAUAACGACGACGAUGACGACGAAUCCGAAGACAUAGAGGAGGAUGAACCAGAGUUGAAGCCUCCAGCAGAGUUGCCAGAAGAGCCAUCAAAACAUACAGAGCAGAUGGACUUUAUUGAAUGGGAGACGAUUUGCAUUACGCUGCUCGAUUGGGAGCAUAUUGCUGAACGCUUCGAGAAGGGCACGCAUUACACGGAGAAGGCUACCUACAAAGCCUUGACGAAGGAAAUCGUCCCUGUGGUCACAGAACAAUUGCGGGAAAUUGAGCGAAAGCAACGCAUAGAAGAUGCGGUCGUACACCGCAAACGAUCAUCUCGCAUUGCCGGCAAGGAAAGCGAGCGAGCUGAAGCCCGUCAGGCCGCACAACGAGAAGCAGAAGCGACGGAGAAACAGACGCGCGCGCAGCGCCACGAAGCACGGCUAGCCAAGGAGGAGAGCGACCGGGCGCGUCGUGAAGCUGCUAGAGAGCAGCGACGGCAGGAGAAUGAGGCCAAGGAAGCAGCUGAGGCGAUCUCCGCCGUCAAAUCAUCGAGAGAGCAGAACGAGGGCUCGAAGACUCAACCGCCUAUGCCAAGCAAGUCGAAAUCUGCCCGGGCACACACUUCUCGUUCCUCGUCUACGAAAGGCACUCGGACACCCCAAGGCGACGAUUGGAUGCUGAACUGUGAGGUGUGCCACAGAUCAGGUGUGAAUAUGGACGACGGGAUGCCGAUGCUUUCCUGUGGCAUCUGUUGUCAAUGGCAGCACAUCCCUUGUCACGACAUGGCUGACCAGCGUGCUGGUCGGCCGAAGCGCAACUGGGACCAAGUGGACUUUGUCUGUCGUAAUUGCGAGAUGCGACGUUCUGCGCAAUACCCCACGAUGUAUCCUGUGCUCAACGGACACAACAGUAGCACGCAUGCGCCAUUGCAACGCUCGUAUCCUCCUCCCCGUGAUUAUCCCAGUAUGAACGGGGCUUAUCCGCCAGCGCGCCAUGCGGCUCAACCAAUGCUUCCCGUCGCCCCAGCACAUACCGUGGCGACGCCGAUGCCGAUGCCGAUGCCGAUGCCGAUGCCGAUGCCGAUGCAGCUCCAGCAGCCUUUUGAUAGGCCUGCGGCUGACUUGCGAUCGUACACAGGCUGGACUAUGCCAUCAAGCGCUGCAUAUAGCACCGACAGGCCAUUUAUUCCAGGUGCUGCUCAACAGUGGCAAGGUCAUCCGCAGACAACCUACAGGUAUCAUAAUAUGUAGGCCUGUGUAACAUAGUAUAUAUCAUUGCCGUAAUUGUUGUAGUACAGAAGAUCUUCAGGCCAAAAAAAAUACCUGACUUGCAAACUCGAUGCGUGACUCCGAUCUUCAUCGAUAUAACCUGAUCUACUUUCGAAAUCAUUGCUUUCAUUCUUACUCGUCGUCCGGCAUUCUUGCCAACUCUAUUCUGCCGAAAAAGAAUGGCGUUCUCGUCCCCAGACCCGGCCUCUUGUGCUAUCGACAACUUCAGAUCGGCCAUUGCGCAACGCGUCGCCGCCGCUCUGCCUCCGUUAACUGAGGAGCAAGUUUACACCGGUGUGGACUAUGGAAAGAAGGGCGUCGACUUCACCAUCGCCCUCCCUCGCUUCAAACUUGGAAAACCAGAUGAGUUGGCAGCAAAAGUGAAAGCUCAGUUCGUACCAGACGAGUACAUCGAGUCAGUCACACACGACAAAGCUUUCCUGCACUUCAAAUGCAAAACCACCACCCUCAUCCGCGAAAUCCUCACCCAAGUCCACACUCUCUCCCACCCCCCUUCCGGAAACCCGACCUAUGGCACAAAUAAAACGGGAGAGGGCAAGACCGUCAUCAUAGAGUACUCCUCUCCCAAUAUUGCAAAGUCCUUCCACGUUGGACACCUCCGGAGUACUAUCAUCGGCGGUUUCCUCGCAAACUUGUAUAAAGCGUGUGGAUGGAAUGUCAUCUCGAUGAACUACUUGGGCGACUGGGGAACUCAGUUCGGAUUGAUUGCGACUGGUUUCGAGAAAUACGGCUCGCGAGAGGAGCUCGAAAAGGACGCUAUCAAGCACCUGUUCGAUAUCUACGUGAAGGUCAAUAAGGACGCGGAGGCAGAUCCAGAGGUCAAGGCCGAGGCCGCGCGAUGGUUCAAGCGGAUGGAGGAUGGAGACGAGACCGCGCUGAAGAACUGGCGGGUCUGGCGGGAGAUGAGCGUGAAAAAAUAUGAGCAGGAGAAAGGAGUCGAUGGACAGCGCUCUGGCCCGCUUCAAGAACUGGGCUUGAUCGAGGACUCUGAAGGUGCCAAGCUGGUCAACCUCGAAAAAUACAAAUUGGGCAAAGCUGUUGUCCGAAAACGAGAUGGAACAUCGAUUUAUCUGACUCGUGAUAUUGGUGGUGCCAUCGAGCGAUACGAAAAGUACAAGUUUGACAAGAUGAUCUACGUCGUGUCGUCACAGCAAGACCUACAUCUCUCGCAAUUUUUCAAGGUGCUUGAGCUGAUGAAGUUUCCCUGGGCAUCGAGUCUGCAGCACGUCAACUAUGGUCUGGUCCAGGGCAUGAGCACCCGGAAAGGGACCGUCGUGUUUUUGGACCAGAUCAUCCGAGAAGCAGCGCAAGUUAUGCACGAGCAGAUGCAGAAGAACGCCGAAAAAUAUUCUGCUGUCGAGGAUCCAGAGACAACCGCGCGGGAAAUCGGUAUCACUGGUGUUAAAAUCCAGGAUAUGGCGGCCAAGCGAAUAAACAAUUACACUUUCAAUUGGGAUCGAAUGCUGUCAUUCGAAGGCGAUACUGGCCCUUAUCUGCAAUAUGCCCAUGUCCGACUGGCCUCCAUUUCGCGAAAAAAUCCCAACCUGCUUCCUCUGCCACCGCUGUCGCAGAUCAACACAGACUGCUUGGCAGAAUCCGCACAUGCUCGAGAGAUCGUGUUCCUACUAGGGACGUUCCCUGACGUUGUCAAGGUUGCUCUGAAGACGCACGAGCCCAGUGGUGUCGUCACAUUUGCUUUCCGCCUGGCGCAUGUCAUCUCCAGUGCUUGGGAGACUGUCGUGGUCAAGGGCGAGCCCGAUCUCGAGGUGGCGCGUGCUCGGCUGUUCAUGUAUGAGUGCGCACGUGACGUGCUUGCCACUGCGAUGGUCUUGCUCAGCAUUCGACCACUAGAAAGAAUGUGAUGGGCCGUAGUUGUGUAUAUCGAUCUUGUAUAAUCAGACAUUCAAUUCUACUUUGACGCUGCUGCGAAUGGCUUCCUGCGACACCGCGUCUGCCAAAGCUGGCUGCACCCAUUCUUGAAUAAACGAGGUCACCUGCUCAGGCGCACGGCCGAUGAAACUCUCCGGCCUGAGCAACUCGUCGAGCUCGUCUUUGAUCGGGUCAAAGUAGGCAUCCCGGCGAACACGUUCGAUGAGGUCGUUUUCUAACCCCAGUUGCUUGACUUGAUGCGCAGCUUCGUGCGAAAGAACCUAUGUACUGGUCAGACAUCGCAGCAAGCCUGAUCGUCCAACAGAAAAACGCACCCGGAUUUUCUCGUGGGCUUCUUGACGAUCUCCGCCUUUCUUGACUAUAGCCAUGAUGAUGUUCUCUGUCGCCAUAAACGGAAGCUCCUGGCUGAUCCGGCGGGCGAUCACUUUCGGGUAUACGACCAGCCCCUCAGAGAUGUUUUGGAGAGUCGAGAGGACGAUGUCGGCGGUCAGAAAGGCCUCCGGAAGGGUAAUCCGCCGGUUUGCACUGUCAUCGAGCGUUCGCUCAAACCAUUGCACGCCGGCAGUCAUGAGCGCAUUCUGGUGCAGCACCAUCAGGUGUCUGGACAAACUGCACACUCGCUCAGAACGCAUCGGGUUGCG